CAGCCCUGAGCUGGAGUCUUCCUUACACAUCUGACCCUGGGGGCCUGGAGCACUCUGAGCCCACAGCAAGUUCUCUCUGUUCCAGGACCAAAUCUGGUAGCAAGGCCAGGUGCUGUCCCUGAGAGGCCUGGCCCUGCAGACUGCAGUGAGAUUUCAGGGCCUUUCCGACUGCCUCGCCUGGGAGUGGAGCCAGGGCACAUCCAUAACCUUCACAGCCCUCCUGGCGCUGUUAGAGCAGCUGUCAGAGGCAAGCAGGAGCUGUCCUACGCCCGGGAAGCUGCGGCCCAGGAGCCUGGAGCAGAGAGUUGAGGCCCCAGGAGAUUUGUUCAGGCCAGGCUGCAGAGGGCUGCACAGUCGUCCAUCCGUGCAAGCCGAGGGACCAUUGGUGGCUAUUUCCUGGCCGGGAGGUCCAUGAGCUGGUGGCCAAUUGGAGCAUCUCUGAUGUCCAGCAAUGUGGGCAGUGGCUUGUUCAUCGGCCUGGCUGGGACAGGAGCUGCUGGAGGCCUUGCUGUGGGUGGCUUCGAGUGGAAUGCAACCUGGCUGCUCCUGGCCCUCGGCUGGGUCUUCGUCCCUGUGUACAUCGCAGCGGGUGUGGUCACAAUGCCCCAGUACCUGAAGAAGCGAUUUGGGGGCCAGAGGAUCCAGGUGUACAUGUCUGUCCUGUCUCUCAUCCUCUACAUCUUCACCAAGAUCUCGACUGACAUCUUCUCUGGAGCCCUCUUCAUCCAGAUGGCUUUGGGCUGGAACCUGUACCUCUCCACAGGGAUCUUGCUGGUGGUGACAGCCGUCUAUACCAUCACAGGGGGCCUCACGGCCGUGAUCUACACAGAUGCCCUGCAGACGGUGAUCAUGGUGGGGGGAGCCCUGGUCCUCAUGUUUCUGGGCUUUCAGGAUGUGGGCUGGUACCCAGGCCUGGAGCAGCGGUACAGGCAGGCCAUCCCUAAUGUCACAGUCCCCAACACCACCUGUCACCUCCCACGGCCCGAUGCCUUCCACAUGCUGCGGGACCCUGUGAGCGGGGACAUCCCUUGGCCAGGCCUCAUUUUUGGGCUCACAGUGCUGGCCACCUGGUGUUGGUGCACAGAUCAGGUCAUUGUGCAGCGGUCUCUCUCGGCCAAGAGUCUGUCCCAUGCCAAGGGAGGCUCCGUGCUGGGGGGCUACCUGAAGAUCCUCCCCAUGUUCUUCAUUGUCAUGCCUGGCAUGAUCAGCCGGGCCCUGUUCCCAGAUGAGGUGGGCUGCGUGGACCCUGAUAUCUGCCAAAGAAUCUGUGGGGCCCGAGUGGGAUGUUCCAACAUCGCCUAUCCCAAGCUGGUCAUGGCUCUCAUGCCUGUUGGUCUGCGGGGCCUGAUGAUUGCCGUGAUCAUGGCCGCCCUCAUGAGCUCACUCACCUCCAUCUUCAACAGCAGCAGCACCCUGUUCGCCAUUGAUGUGUGGCAGCGCUUCCGCAGGAAGGCAACAGAGCAGGAGCUGAUGGUGGUGGGCAGAGUGUUUGUGGUGUUCCUGGUUGUCAUCAGCAUCCUCUGGAUCCCCAUCAUCCAAACCUCCAACAGUGGGCAGCUCUUCGACUACAUCCAGGCUGUCACCAGUUACCUGGCCCCGCCCAUCACCGCGCUCUUCCUGCUGGCCAUCUUCUGCAAGAGGGUAACAGAGCCCGGAGCCUUCUGGGGCCUCCUGUUUGGCCUGGGAGUGGGGCUUCUGCGCAUGAUCCUGGAGUUCUCAUACCCAGCGCCAGCCUGUGGGGAGGCGGACCCGCGGCCAGCAGUGCUGAAGGACUUCCACUACCUGUACUUUGCACUCCUCCUCUGCGGGCUCACUGCCAUCGUCAUCAUCAUUGUCAGCCUCUGGACAACUCCCAUCCCUGAGGAACAGCUCAAACGCCUGACAUGGUGGACUCGGAACUGCCCCCUCUCUGAGCUGGAGAAGGAGGCCCACAAGAGCACGCCGGAGAUAUCCGAGAGGCCAGCUGGGGAGUGCCCUGCGGGAGUGCUGGAGAACUCCAGCUCAGGCCAGGAGCAGCCUGAAGCCCCAUGCAGGUCCUGGGGAAAGUUGUUCUGGGGCUGGUUCUGUGGGCUCUCCGGGGCACCGGAGCAGGCCCUGAGCCCAGCAGAAAAGGCUGCACUAGAACAGAAGCUGACAAGCAUCGAGGAGGAGCCACUCUGGAGACAUGUCUGCAACAUCAACGCUGUCCUUUUGCUGGGCAUCAACAUCUUCCUCUGGGGCUAUUUUGCAUGAUUCCACAGACCUGGCUUCAGUGUACAAAGAUUAAACAAAGCCCAAGCCUGUCAGCCACAGAAACAGGCUCUCCUCCUACUUUGCUCUCCUCCUACUCCUAAACUGGAGAUCACAGAAGUCAAGACUGCAAGAUCCCCUGAGAAGAAUCCAACCCAACCUGCACACUUGACAAGUGGAGAAACAGAAGCCCAGAGAGAGCCCUGGGUUUGCUCAGGGCCACCCAGCAGGAGACGGGGUUUCCCCACUCUUUCCAAUACAUUGCCUUACAGACCUACCUCAAACACAUUGUUUCCACCUCUUCUUGAGUGUAUUCAGCAGCCUUUACUGAAUGUGUGUCUGGAGUUUAGAAAAGUGGAGGAUACAAGAAAAGGAGCAGCAAGAAAUUUGCAAAAAUCCAAGUGCACCUUUGCUCCCCUUAUCCUCCCUCCUCUUUCCCCUCCUGGUUCCCCUCCUGCUCUUUCUCUUCUCACCAAUAAUCUAUUUGUAGCAUGAAUCUACCCAGGAGGGUCUUAUAUUUCCAUUGGUGGCUCCACAGUGGCGGCUGUCAGACCUGAAGGAGUGGGGAGCCAAGGGUAGAAUUUAGGCAUGGUGACAGAGGGCAUUUUGUGCAGAAAGCUCUUGGACAAGGGACUAUUUAAGCACUAUUUAAACUCUGCCUCUUCCUACUCUCUAAUCUAAAUAUGCACAAAGUCUCUAUGGCCUUGAGAAACAGUUGGAGAGAUAUGACUUGUUAAAAUCAUGAGGAAUCAAGGCAUGCCACUCUGUAUUUAAGGAUAAGCCACACAGGGUGCAGCACAAACAGCCUGGGCACCACUGCACCUGUGCCACCCUGUCCUUCUCCCUUUGCUUGCCAUGUAUCCGCAUACCCUGGAAAACACUGUGACUCCAGUUAAGUGUCCCUUCUCCAGGAAGCUGCCCCAGUGUCCAAACCUGGGUCAAGGUCCCACUCCUGCUCCCACAGCCCUGGACCUGCCUCUGUCACAGCACUGAUCAUACCAAGAUGGAAGACUCCAGGGGGCAGGGACCAAGGGCCAUGUCCCAAGUAACUUUGUACCCAGAAAAAAACAGCUGUUCAAUAAAUGUUUAUUGAAUUCAUAAGUU